AUGGGCCUCUUGUCGCUCGGGACGCCUCUCGCGUGGGAUGAUGCGAAACACUACGCAGAUCACGUCAGGACGCACGGCAUCACCCAGUUUCUCAUCAUAUGGGACACCCUCAAGGACAGGUGCGGCGACGAGCUGCUUUGGGGCGAUGAGAUCGAGUACAUGGUCGUCGCCUUCGACAACGAGGGCAAGAACGCGAGACUGUCCCUCAGGCAGACUGAGAUCCUCGCCAAGUUAAAAUCUAUCACCAACGACAUCGCAGCAGGACAUGGCCACUCGUCGUCUGUCCCCACAUUUCAUCCCGAAUAUGGGAGGUUCAUGCUCGAGUCUACCCCGGGUACUCCAUACACUGGAUCAUUGACAGACCUGCUUUCGGUCGAAGGUGACAUGCAUUACCGACGGCGUCUGGCCCGGAAAUACCUCAAUGAUGAGGAGUUUCCUUUCACCCUCACGUCGUUUCCACGUAUGGGCACGCCGGGAGUAUUCACAGAGCCUUACUUCGACCCCGCAGAUGCCGUAUCCAGCCAUAGUCUCUUUCUCCCAGAGGAGAUCACCAAUCCACACGUGCGCUUCCCCACGCUUACGGCGAAUAUUCGGCGGCGGCGUGGGUCCAAGGUCGCGAUCAACCUCCCGCUCUUCAUUGACAAGAACACCCCGCGCCCGUUCGUCGACCCCACCAUCCCAUGGCAGCGGAACGUAUACCCAGAGGACCCUGAGGCGAAGCGCGGUGCCGCCAAGAUAGACCACAUCUACAUGGACGCGAUGGGCUUCGGCAUGGGCUGCUGCUGUCUGCAGACCACGUUCCAGUCAUGCAACGUCACGGAGGCGCGUCGCCUGUACGACGCGCUCGUCCCCGUCGCUCCGCUCAUGCUAGCGCUGACGGCUGCGAGCCCCCUCUGGCGUGGCUAUAUCGCCGAUGUGGACUGCCGGUGGGACGUCAUUUCGGCAAGCGUCGAUGAUCGCACGGAAGAAGAGCGUGGCCUUAAGCCGCUCAAGAACGAUAGGUUCAGGAUACCCAAGUCCCGAUACAGCAGCGUGAGCCUGUACAUGUCGGACUGUUGGAUGAACCGACCGGAGUACAAUGACAUUGAGGCGCCGCACGAUCAGGCUAUCUUUGAUCGCUUGCGGAAGCAUGGCAUUGACGCGCUGCUCGCGCGACACAUAUCUCAUCUGUUCAUCCGCGACCCCAUCGUCAUCUUCUCGGAGACGAUCGAGCAGGACGAUACUACCAGCAACGAUCACUUCGAGAACAUCCAAUCGACGAACUGGCAGACCGUCCGCUUCAAGCCGCCUCCGGUGAACUCGGCCAUCGGCUGGCGCGUCGAGUUCCGCUCGAUGGAGGUGCAGACGACCGAUUUUGAGAACGCCGCGUUCUCCGUCUUCGUCGUUCUCCUCUCGCGCGCGAUCCUCAGCUUAAACCUCAACCUGUACAUCCCCAUCUCCAAGGUGGACGAGAACAUGGAACGUGCACAGAAGCGAGACGCUGUGCACUCGCAGAAGUUUUUCUUCCGGAAGGACGUCUUUCCGCCGACCAGCAGCUCCUCCCGGGCCUCUAGUAGGUGCUCCUCCUGCUCAUCAUCGGGACAUAGCUCGCCCGUCGAUGGCGCAGACGAUGCGCCAAAGAAGGAGAGGCGAUUACGGAACUGCUUCCCGCCUGUUCCUAAGCCUAGCAAUGGCUACCUGCAGAGGCCGGUGGAGGAGGAGUACGAGGAGAUGACCAUGGAAGAGAUCAUGUUUGGGAAGCGUGGCUCCUUCCCUGGGCUUUUCCAUCUUGUAUACUCCUACUUGGAUACCUUAGACAUUGACGAGCAGGAGCGCAUCAAGCUCGAGGAAUAUUUGGAUCUGAUCCAGCGGAGGACGAAUGGAUCGCUGAAGACCGCAGCAUCUUGGAUACGCGACUUCGUGCGCUCACACCCCGCUUACAAGUUUGACUCGGCAGUCAGUCAGGAGAUAAACUAUGACUUAUUGCGCACACUAGAAGAGAUGUGA